AGUGCCUUUGGAUGCGAUGGCUUCGCGAAAGCAGCAGUCGCAAUGUCAAGCAUCACCGCUGGUAUAGGUCUAUGUACAGAUGCGUGGUUCCUACUGGCAUACUCUUGUGCGAAUGCCGAUAAGUUCAAGGCCCUUGCGAUGGAUGUCUACCAGUCGUUCUUUUUCUUCUCCAUCGCGUCCCGCCUUCCUAUCAUUAUGCUAGUUUGCGCAUCCAUGUCAUCGACCGCCGUUCUCAUCGCUAUCGCAUGG